CGGGUUUUAUUGGUGUGGAAGGAUGGCGAUGACGUCACAGGGCGGGGCCGCGCGUCGCCCGGCAACGAGGGCGGGGAGGCGUCCCGGCCCCGCCCACCGCCUCGCUCCUCCCCCUCCCGGCUCGGGGGCGUGGCCUCGUGGGGCGGGCCGGCGGGGGCCGUCGCCAUUGGCCGCGGAGGCGCGGCGGGGGGGGGGCGCGGCCGAUCGCCGGGCGAGGGCGGCUGCCAUUGGCGGGCGGCGGGGGAGGGGUGGCUCCGCGCGCCCCCAUUGGCCGCCGGCGGGGGCGGGGCGGGGCGGUGGAGCGAUGGCGGCGGCGCUGCGGUCCCGGUGCCGGGGCGGCGGAGCGCUCCUGGUGACCCUGCUGGGACCCCGGCGAAGCUACAACAGCGUCUUCAGGGCCGCGGAGCUGGAGGUGGAGCGGAGCCGCAGCCCCAAGGCCAAGCCGGAGCCGCGGGACCUGCUCUUCGGGCGCGUCUUCACCGACCACAUGCUGACGGUGGAGUGGGCGCAGGGCUCGGGCUGGGGGCGCCCCCGCAUCUGCCCCUUCCAGGAGCUGCGCCUGCACCCCGCCGCCUCCGCCCUGCACUACGCCGUCGAGCUCUUCGAAGGCAUGAAGGCAUUCCGAGGUGCUGACGACAAAAUCCGGCUUUUUCGCCCCGAACUGAACAUGGAGCGAAUGGGGCGCUCAGCCGAGAGGGUCUGCCUGCCGGCCUUCGACGGGGCGGAGCUGCUGGAGUGCAUCCGUGCGCUGGUGCGGCUGGAGCAGGAGUGGGUGCCCCGCUCGGAGCACGCCAGCCUCUACAUCCGCCCCACCUUCAUCGGCACCGAGCCCUCGCUGGGGGUGGCCCCCCCCGGGCGGGCGCUGCUCUUCGUCAUCCUCUGCCCGGUGGGACCCUACUUCCCGGGGGGGCACUUCAGCCCCGUGGGGCUCCUGGCCGACCCCUCCCACGUCCGCGCCUGGCCCGGGGGCGCCGGCCACUGCAAGCUGGGGGGGAACUACGGCCCCACCAUCGCGCUGCAGCGGGCGGCGCAGGCGCGCGGGUGCCAGCAGGUGCUGUGGCUGCACGGCCCCCAGCGCCUCCUCACCGAGGUCGGCACCAUGAACCUCUUCGUCUUCUGGCACCGCGAGGACGGGGAGCUGGAGCUGGUGACCCCCCCCCUGGACGGGCUGAUCCUGCCCGGGGUGACGCGGCAGAGCCUGCUGGAGCUGGCGCGGGGAGGGCGGGGGAGUUUGAGGUGCGCGAGGGACCCCUCCCCCAUGGGGUCCGUCCUGGGGGCGCUGGCCCAGGGGCGCCUGCGGGAGAUGUUCGGGUCGGGGACGGCCUGCGUGGUGUGUCCCGUGGGGGCAUCCUCUAUGGGGACAAGGUACGGGGGGCUCGGGGGGGUACGGGGGGCUCGGGGGGGCGUGGGGGACCCCCAACCCUGCGUGGUGUGUCCCGUGGGGGGCAUCCUCUAUGGGGACAAGUGGCACCCCGUCCCCACGAUGGAGCACGGCCCCGAGCUGGCGCAGCGGUUCCUGCAGGCCCUGAGCGACAUCCAGUACGGCCGCAUCCCUAGCGAGUGGGCCCAACCCCUGUGACCCCCCCGACCGGGGCCGAGCCCCCCCCACCGCGGCGCUGGACACCCGGGGGGGCUCUGCCCCUCCCCCAGAAUACCCCGGGGGGGGGCAAAUCCCCCC